AUGGUUUUUCGUGCCAUUUCUAGUUGGUUCACUGUAGUCUACUCAUCAGUCGAGGCUAUCGCUUUUGUUAGUCGCGCAGUCAGUGCCAGGGAGUCACCAAACUACACCUUUGGUCCUUGUGUUGUGCAGAAUUUACUUCUUCUGCUGGGGCCCACAUGCUAUGCUGCAUCCAUCUACAUGGGUCUGGGACGAUACAUCCGAGAAUUGGAGGGAGAGCAGUUCUCGCUGCUCAAGCCGAACUGGUUGACCAAAGUCUUCCUCGUUGGCGACAUAGUAUCAAUUGCGCUGCAAGCGGUUGAUGGUGGAAAGUUCGUGAAGUUUGAUACCGCAGAUAACGAGACGACAGUAGAAAACGUUGUGAUUGCUGGUAUUAUGGUACAGCUCGUGUUUUUUACUCUCUUUAUUGCGCUAGCCACAUCAUUCUACUAUCUGUUUCUCAACAAGUCUCUAGUACAGCCUUACGGCUGGCAAAAGUUCAUGGUCGUCAUUUCUGUCGCAAGUGCACUUAUCCUCAUACGAUCUCUUUUUCGGAUGAUUGAGUAUAUUGAGGGACGUGAUGGAGAGCUACAAUCUAAAGAGGCAUAUCUCUAUAUCCUCGAUGCGAUUCCUAUGGCUAUUAUCCUAACCUUGUCGAAAAGAUAUUUUGAAACCCCUGAACUAUGCCCAGAUGGUCCUUACGUAUAUCCCUCUCAUGAUUGGGAGCUUUAUGAGAUUGCUUGCUGGUGGUACACUGACCGACUGGCUGCCUUCUGUACGGCAUCGGCGCCCGCAGAGGUCCACUGCAUCCUGCCACGUAUUGGAAACUUUCUGGUGGUCCUCUACACUAACGUUCGCCUCCCGAUUGCUCUCGGCUAUGCUAACGUCUCCUAUCCUGGGCUCGAGGACGGAAUUGUCCAACUCUUAAACUUCAAUAUUACGGAGCUCGAUCUGAGGAACGAGGGCCCAAGUUGCACAGAAUUUCCCGACGGUUACAAUCUGCCUUUCCGGUCGGACGGAAGCGAUCGCUAUCGCUCGGCGCCACAUAUCCUAUCGCUAUAUGACUAUCACUUUCAAAAGUCCGAGUUGGAAUACAUGCGGUCAGGAGCACCAGACUGGGCAAACGAGGAUGGCACAUGGCCAGUGUCGAAUUCCACAAACGCUUUUAUCAGAUGGACAACGGAAAUGUACUAUCGCAGCCAAUGGAAAUGGGACAAGCUGUCAUACGAAUUUAAGUAUCCCGCUGGUCUAACAGGCUAUUCUGCAUGGCAAGAUGAGGGAAUCGCGCAAAGGUGGUAUGAUCGGCGACAUACACCGAUUGAGAGGUUAUCAAUGGAAAACAUGCAGCUCUGGCUGGAAGCUAUGGACUUCUCUAAGGUGCACACUUUGUCAAUCGCUAAUGGAAACACUUGGCCAGAAGGAAAAGGUUUACUCGUUAAUCUUCCUCCGGCAUUAACACGUCUCGAGAAUCUCUCUAUCCAAGGUCGGUGGUUAAAUUGGAGAACACAUCUGGCGGAGUGUGAAGCUGCCCCGGGGCCUUUACCAAAGAACAAGUGGUCUUCUUCACCGCCUCCUCCGGCACACGAUUUUAUCAUGGCAUUACCUCCAAAAUUGAAGAAAUUCAUCUGGAAAGAGAGUGAAACGGUGCAAGAGGACAUUUUCAACCCUGUUUUGAAACAUCAUGGAUCCACGCUACAACAUCUAGAAUGGACAAACCAUGAGAGAGGAUUCAAGCCUAGGUCCAUAUUAACUCAAGAUCAGCUGCGCAGCUUGGGAGAAUGGGCACCUGGUUUGACCAGCCUUACGAUCGAUCUCGAACGAAGAAACGGGACCUUACCUCAAGAGGAAUUGAAGAUCCUUGCUGGGGCUUUACCCAAACUGAGAAGCCUGGUUGUUCAUCUAAAUUUGCUGGACGAAGGUCUACUGAUGAAUAAUACUGGCUAUGAAGAUAAGAAGAAACACGCAUCGGAUUCUGUUUUGGAUGUCGGGAAAGGUCUUGAUUUGUUCCAAGGUCUAGGAAAUGCCAAGAUCCGCGAGAAGUUAGAAAGUGUCAAGUUCCUUCAGGGUGAAUGGACUAAUAAUUGGCCUUUCGGUCAAAGUCUCUGGGAGGAUAGAUAUUGGGUCAGGUGUUGGUUGGAUGAAAAGGAUGAGGGACCGGGGGCAAGGUGCAAUUCGGGACAUGAUAACGCCUAUGACCCCGACUUCUGA